GACGUCAGACCGUGACAGUCUGGGCUGGGCAGGGAAACGGGGAGCGGUGAGAAUGUAACGGUACAAGGUACGCUGCACCUUCCCUCUACAGCCGUCGUAGAGACUCAGUAAACACAAAAAAAGCUGACCAACUUUCUUCAGUCACAUUGGGACACAGAGGGGUAGUGGGGGAAGGCUGUCCCCCCCACAAUAAUCAAGUCCCCAAACCAUGGACAAACAGGGGCCCAUCACUACGCCAGGGAAAGCAAGUGGCCUAAAACCUCCCAGUAAAAUAGCUCGUCCAUCUGGAGUGCCAUCUAAGACAUCGCCAUCGUCUGGGGCUUCAAAGCCAGUUCCUCCUGAGAAGUCCUCCCCUGGUGUCACCUCCCCAACACAAGACGGCAGCAUAGACUUUCAGAUCGGCGACAGGGUCUGGGUGAACGGCAACAAGCCAGGCUAUGUUCAGUUUAUCGGGGGAACGCAGUUUGCUCCGGGCCAGUGGGCAGGCAUCGUCCUGGAUGAGACCAUCGGCAAGAACGACGGGUCGGUGGCUGGCGUUCGCUACUUCCAGUGUGAGGAUGGGCGGGGCAUUUUCACACGGCCAUCCAAGCUGUCCAAAACUGAGAUACCAGAGAAGGAGGCGAACGGGGGGCAGGCGAGCCCAGCACAGGCAGCUUCAGCGACAAGCGAGGCUGCAACUACCGUCACUGCUGAGGCUACACCUCCUGCCUCUGCCUCAAACGCUCCCGUCACUGGUAUAAAAACCAGCGGCGUAAUUAACCGAAUGGUGACAUCCAGUGAGUCUGUGUCCAACCUGUCAGACCCAGACUCUAUGAAGAAGAUCAGAAGGGAGCUGAGGCUGGGAGACCGUGUUCUGGUUGGUGGUACGAAGGCAGGAGUGGUGCGUUUUCUCGGACAAACCGACUUCGCUAAGGGAGAGUGGUGCGGCGUGGAGCUGGAUGAACCUCUGGGCAAGAAUGAUGGAGCUGUAGCUGGAGCCAGGUAUUUCCAGUGCUUGCCCAGGUAUGGCCUCUUUGCUCCCGUCCACAAAGUGACACGGAUUGGCUUCCCCUGCACCACGCCGACCAAGGCGAAGAGCUCCCGGAGGAGGUCCACUCUCAAGAGGAGUCCAAGCGCUUCGUCCAUCAGCUCCCUUAGCUCUGCCACCUCCUCCAUCAGCGGCAAACCAAGCAGGGCAGGACUGCUGACCGAAACAUCUGUGCGCUACGCUCGGAAAAUUUCAAGUACCACAGCGCUGCAGGAGGCCCUGAAGGAGAAGCAGCAGCACAUCGAACAGCUGCUGCUAGAGAGGGACCUAGAGAGGUGCGAGGUCGCCAAAGCAACCAGCCGCGCGGGAGAGGUGCAACAGGAGAUGGCCGUGCUGAGGAAAGGGCGGGAUCAGUAUGCAGUGGAGAUGGAGGCCAAGCUGGAUCAGCUUCGCUCUCUGGUAGAGGCAGCUGAUCGAGAUAAAGUGGAGCUGCUCAACCAACUAGAAGAGGAGAAGAGAAAAGUGGAGGACCUGCAGUUCCGUGUAGAGGAGGCUUGUAUCACCAAAGGAGACCUUGAGACGCAGACCAGGCUGGAGCAUGCCCACAUAAAGGAGCUUGAGCAGAGCCUGCUCUUUGAAAAGACCAAAGCUGAAAAACUCCAGAGGGAUUUAGAGGACACUAGGGUGGCCACAGUUUCUGAGCGCUCCAGGAUCAUGGAGCUGGAGAGGGAAGUGGCGGACCUCCAGCUCCGGCUGCGGGCAUCACAGCAGAAGGAGGACGCAGUGUCGCUGUCGCAGCAGCAAAUCAGUGGCCUCAAGGUCCAGGUUCAAGCUCAGGAAAAAAAGAUCAGCGAGCUGAGCGUCGACCUGGAAAGCAAACAGAAAGAGCUUCAGUCUGCUCAUCACGAUAGAGCUACUCUGGAGCAGCAGCUUUCCAGUCUGAGACAAAAGCUGGAGAUUGCUGAGGAGGAGAGCAGGACCGUUACAAAAACCAUGAAAGAGCUGGAGAAUUCUAUGGAGCAGACAAAGAAGGAGAUCCAAAGCGUGAACCAGGAAAGUCAGAGCAGAGAAACGGAUCUGAAGUCCCAACUGUUAAAGACUACUGAGAAAUUGGAGAAAACGACUCUGUCACUGGAGCAGCUGACUAAUGAGAAGAAAACACUUGAGUCGCAGCUCGAGCAUUUGAAACAGCAGAACUCCAAAUUCCAGGAGGAGCUCAGCCUGUCGAAGGAGCGGAGCAGCUCAGAAAGCCAGCGGAUCGGCAUCCUCUGCAAGGAAAUAGAGGAGCUGAAGCUGGCCUCCCAGAAGUCUCAGCAUCAUGACGAGAGCCAAGAGGAUCGCAACAGUCAGCACGCAGACAUGAAGAGCAGAGACGCUGUUUUAAAUCAGGACAUGAAGGGGGACGUCGAUUUUCAGAAAUCCAUGGGAGCUUUGAUCUCAGACAAAGACAAAGAAUUGGAAACUCUGAGGAACGAGAUCGCCGUACUGCGUGGAGAGAACGCCAUGACAAAGACGCUGCAGUCGGCUGUGGAGACGUUGGAGAAGGACAAAGCUCAGCUGCAGAGUCGUGUUCACAGUCUGGAGCAAAGAUUGACGGGAACCCAGGCCUCAGACGGAGGAGACAGAGAGGCUCCCCACUCAGGGGAUGCUGUCCUGCAGCAGCUGAGGGAAGAGAAAGAGUUUGCUGAGGGGCAGAUCAACUUCCUGAACAGCGUCAUAGUGGACCUGCAGAGGAAGAACGAGGAGCUGAAGAUCAAGUUAAAGAAGCUUGCAUUGGCUGAGUUCAAUGGAAACGACGGCACAGACGGGUUUGAUGAUUCAGUACCAAAGCGUGAAAAGAAGGCGACUCCGCGUCUUUUCUGCGACAUCUGCGAUUGCUUUGACCUCCACGACACGGAGGACUGUCCCACACAGGCCCAGAGCCCCGACUCCGUACCUCACAGCAGUUACCACGGCAACCCGACUGACGUGAGGCCCUACUGCGACAUCUGCGAGGCCUUCGGGCACGCCACCGAGUCAUGUAACGAUGACCAGACCUUCUAAAGAGGUCACUCCUCUUUUACUCUCCCUCCUGAUGUAUUUCUUACACUCCAGCUAAACACAAGUUUUUCCCAUAGUGUAUUUUUAUACUGUAAUGAUGCGUCGCUGUGGUAACAACCAUCCUAACUUAACCCUUUUCUGAGAAUAGUGUUCCGAUCGCGAUGCAGGAUGCUUGUCCAAAUAUGCUUCUUUGGUGCAAUAUUGAUAUUUAUAUCAAAUUAAAUUUGCUUUCUGCA